CAGCCUCUGGUCAGAUCAUUAGCAAUUUCAAGUUCAUCUCUCUGCAUAAAGAUGGAGAAAAUCUUUAAUAUCUUCAUCAAGAACUGUUUAGGAGCAGAGACGUUGACCCUUUAUAGCUCUCCCCUUGCUACUUUCAUCUGCAUGUUCCUCAUCAUAUAUCUCUUCAGUUACUUCAAAUUAUUCCGUUCAUGGAACUCGAAACACAGAGCCGAAGCAUCAAGCUCCUUCAUAUCUCUAGCUCACGGAACUCCCGCUGUUAUUCUAGCCCUUUUCGCGAUUCUACCAGACUCAACAUCCCCCCUCUCUGGUUUCACUUCUCCGAAUACCGAGUUCCAGAACAUGGUCCUGGACUUCAGCAUUGCCUACUUUGUCAUUGACCUUUCACACUACAUGGUCUUCUUCCCGAGUGAUGCUCUCUUCAUUGCUCAUCACCUGGCCACUCUCUACGUCUUCACGACGUGCAGAUUCGUGGUUCGUCAUGGUUCAGUCCCGAUCCUCAUCCUCCUUAUCCUCGCGGAGAUCACCAGCGCCUGUCAGAACACAUGGAGCAUUGCUGGAUACAGAAAAUCCGACGUUCCUGCUGCUAGAAGACUGCACGAGUUCCUGUCUCCCCUGUUCUACGCAUUCUAUACCGUUGUCAGAGGGAUUCUUGGACCAAUCUUCGUGUAUGCAAUGGCUGUUUACUACACCAGUGGUGCUGCUGAUGGUAUAAUUCCCAGGUGGGCUUGGAUUUCCUGGAUGUGUGUGAUUGUUUGUGCAGUCUUGCUUAGUAUCCUAUGGAUCACAGACAAAUGGAUUGCAUUUUAUAAAGAUAAUCACAGAAUCAAAGAUGUAAUACAGAAGUGAAGGCAGAGAAUUGGGAUCAAAGCACUGCAGGAGGUGAAUAUUAGUCCUUAAAUCAAGCAUUGUUGAUUAAUUAAUCAUUAUUGUUUAUUAGUUGAUUUAAUUUUUGGUUUACGUAAUCUCUGAACACUUGUAUAAAUGGGAAAGGUGUUCACUGGUUGCUGUACUUAUCUUUUUCCUAUUGCAACUUUAUGAUUGGUUGGUUUGUAAA